AAUCCCAGCAAGCAGCAUCCUGACUGGAGUUAUUGUCAUGGUCUCUAUCCCAGGGUACUCAUCAUAUACAAGGGAGCGGUCAUACACCUUAUUACGAUGAUCGGUUCGAGGAAAAACUAAAUAAACAGCAGUGACGUACAGAGAAGCCGGGGCAUGUUCGAUUUUUUAAUUUAGCAAUGUGUGCGCCACCGCGUUAGAAUAUCAGUGCUGUGGUAUAGUGUACAUGCAAAUUAAACACAGAGGGGAUGUUUUUACUUGAUUCUAUUGAUUUGCUUGUUUUAUUUAGUUUGUGGGAUUGCGGCAUUACUGCACGUCCCUUUAUAUAUGUGUUAAAUAGUGUCACCGUUUGCAAAAUGUCCCGUCUUCUCGAGCAUAAAACAACUUGACAAGUAAAACCUAGUCUGAUUGGUUUAAUGAAAACAGCCCUAGUGUCAACAGGCACAGUGAUUUAGCAGUCCAGCACUGUCCUUGCAAAACGCUUAGUAACAAUAUGCGAAUUAUAUAAAGGCAAAAACGAGUGUGUGAAGCAUGUAACUGGGAAACGCGUCCGCUCAGCGAGACCGGACAGACAGGCUACUGUACUGUAAAAGUUAGCAGGCUUCUUUUCAUACUGAUAGCACGCAAUCGCUGUGUUUUACUGCUGUGCUUUCACCAUAUUACCGCAAUACACUUUUAUAACGCGUAUAAAGUGCUGUGUGGCAAUUUAUAAAAACUCGUCUUUUUCAGUCUCUACUAGUUGAGACUGGAGACAUCUACCAUCACUGCCUUUGCAAGUUAUAAAAACCUAGUCUUUUUUUCAUUCUCUACUAGUUGAGACUGGAGACAUCUACUUUGCAAGUUAUAAAAACCUCGUCGUUUUUUAGUUUCUGCUAGUUGAGACUGACAACUACCACCACUGUCUUUGCAAAUUCUACAAAUUGUACAGUCUGGAAUCCUGCUCAGAUUAAACGCGCAGCAGCAUGGACAGUGCGGCGGUGCACCACAAUGUUAAGAAUUACUAUGGAAAACGUUUGCAGAAGUCUGAAGACCUGCAAAGCAAUGCUUCUUGUAGCAGAGGGUGCCGGCCCAUGCCUGACAGUGCCAGAGAGGCUCUCAAACUGGUCCACCCAGAUGUCUGCUCACGGUAUUUCGGCUGUGGGCUGGUGGUCCCGGAGAGUCUGGAGGGCUGUAAGGUCCUGGAUUUGGGUAGUGGCUCAGGACGAGACUGCUACAUCCUCAGCAAACUGGUGGGGCAGACUGGCCAUGUGACAGGAGUGGACAUGACCGCUGAAAUGAUCUUGACAUCACGCAGAUAUCUCCAGUACCACCAGGAGAAGUUUGGAUUUGAGAAAGCGAAUACUGAUUUUGUUCAAGGCUAUCUGGAGAGCCUGGGAGAGGCUGGCAUCCAGAGUGACAGCUGUGAUGUCCUGAUCUCAAACUGUGUAAUAUGUCUGUGUCCUGACAAGAGAGCCGUCCUUCAGGAAGCACAUCGGGUUCUCAAGGAUGGUGGAGAAUUUUAUUUCAGCGACUUGUACUCCAGCAAGGCUGUACCUGAAAGUUUAAAACAGGAUCCAGUUGUGUGGGGAGAGGGAAUGGGAGGGGCCCUCUACUGGAAGGAUUUGAUUUCCGUGGUGAAGGAGCUGGGGUUCAGCACACCAUACCUGGUUACUGCAAGCAAGAUCUUGGUCCACAACUGUGAAAUUCUGAAAAAAACAGGGGAUAUCGCUUAUGCUUCUGGGACUUACCGUUUCUUCAAGUUGCCCAAGAGCAGACCUAACAAGAGAGCAGUGGUGACUUACAGAGGAACGAUCCCUGACUGUGCAGAGCAGCUGGACUUCGACGCCGUCCACGUGUUUAAAAAAGGUGAAGCUGUGUCAGUCGAUGCAGAGAUGGCUGCUGUUCUGCAAUGCUCUCGCUUUGCUCCUCAUUUCACUAUUCAGAGCUCUGAUAUCACAAGUGCUGGUGAGGAGGAGACUCAGCAGUAUUGCCACCUCGACCCCUUCCUCCUUGCUGAUAGGCUGGGUUCAUCAGUUCAGAAGAGUUCCAAGCCCGGGCCGUGUGACAAGAAGGAAGGGGCGGGCGCUCCCUGAGAAGCACCCACAUCGCUUCACACAACAUGUCCUGUGCCUGUUUUAAAGCCCAAUACGGCUCACAUGCAUUAUACUGUAAAUUGCAUUCCAGAUUUGCCUCAUGAAUUGAUUCGUACCGCUGCUGCCUUACUGAAGAGGUGUUAUUAUACAAGCCUAUGUGAAGAUACAAUAGGGAGCAAGCUUCAUAGAAACAUGACACAGUGGUCUGUGUCCACGCAGCAUGGGCAUGUCUCAGGGCUGACGUGAUUCACCUGGACUCUGCUCCUUCUCUAAACUCAAGUAAAAAAAACAGUCUGCACAGUUCUUAGAAAUGCUGAUUGCUACAAAAGUGAAGCACUUCCCCAGGUGAUACACUAGACUGCUGCCACAGCAUCAACAGACACUACUAAACCAGUUAAGAGAAGUCACUGGAACCACAGAUACCCAGUUGUUACAGCAGGCCUUG